CAGUCAUCUCCGAGCUGGUCGUCUCCGGCACAGUGCUCGCUGUCCAUCACAUCCAGAACUAGCAUACUGCUCUCAGGAUAGACCUUUGUUAUAAGUGGGAACGACUGAACUGGCAUAGGAAGAAUACCGCUCUUGUGUAAGGGUAAUGUUCCGCAACCUGCUGAGUCCGUUACGCUCAGCCGGGUUCGAGAACCUCAACCCGCUCUCGCCUCGGUCUGGCGGGUCAGUGCCUGGCUCGACCUCAGUUUCGCCCGAGCCAGAAGACCUAGCACAUGGUGUUCGAAUGGAUGUCAUGCGUCGUUCGGCUGAGGAGCUCAAAGAGGGCGCUGGAACACUCGACCUGGUGGGAUUGACGGAGCUGCUGGAAAUUAUCCGACGAGUGAUGAUAGAGGACCACUCCACCGUUGCGAUCUUCAUCGAGCUUGAUGGACUGCUCGGGCUGCUUAGCGCUCUCCAGAUCGUCUGCGCACAGGUGCAGACAAUGCCUUCUCCUACCCGUAGGAGUCCUCCCCUCCCCGAUCGGAGUGCCCCUGUAACUGCUGUCAAGUCUGCGUUACAAGUACUAGACGGUGUCCUGAAGGAGAGGUCAGGGAGAGCUGGUUUUGAAACCAGUCGAGGAUGGGAGACGUUGACCACCAUGCUCCUCCCGCUUGGGCCAAUAUCUGGCGUAUCCACGUCGCUUCUCGGUGACCUCCUUUGCCUUUCUCUCGCCGACUUCAGCCCCUCCAAUCUUGAAUUCUUCGCCGCCUCUGCCAAGCCCGCAUUCAAUCCCUUCGCGACCGCUACCCUACACAACCCUGAAGCGAUCAGCACGAUGCUUGCUCUUCUACCUAAUCUGGUCUCAUUCUCCGAAAGAGUCGCACUUGCGAGCGUGCUGCUACAAAUCGCCCAGAGCGGACCAUUCAAUCUCGCUGCGAUGGCACAGCCAGAGAUCGACCUGCUAGGGCAGCUUAUCCCGCUGCUGUUCCCUGCGCCCGAAGGAGCCUCCCUAGCCGCUCCAGUUUCGUCCCCAACCUCGAUCGGUUCACCCAGCUCCCUGUCUUCGUCAAGGUCGACUUACAAGCUCGAGGACAACCUUCGACCGCUUCUGUUAAAGCUCAUGAAGCUCCUGUUGCGAACAUCGUGCUCUGUGCCCAGCGCGCGGAUGCUAUUCGAGCGAGCGGUGCAUUUGGAAAAAGGGCAGCACAUUGACACGGAGGUAUUGGGUGUACUGGCUGACGGGUGCGACACCAUGAGCGACGGGUUCGGAUGGCCAGCCUUCCUGAGCCUCGCAGAUGGAAGUGCGCAGACUAUUGUAGACAGAGCAGUGGGCGGUUCGGGGUUCACGUUCCUGGCUUGGAUCUACCUACCGCGAAUAAACGUGGACGAAACACGCACGUUAAUGACCCUCUCUCCAAACCCGCCCGUCUCCUCGCGCUUCUCUGUCCGCAUCUCGCUUCGCUCCGAUUGCUCGAUCUCGUAUGAGACAUCGGCGUCGAAAGGGCCGGUUCGGUUCAGCAAAAGCAGGAUUAGGAGAUGUGAAUGGGUACAACUUGGGUUGACCCAUUGGAGAUCGGACGCAAAGGGAGAAUCGAAGUGCUACGUGUUCCUCAAUGGGCAUCUUACAGAGUCACUGCCUACACCUUGGCCGAGAGUGCCUUCAUCACUGCAAUUCCAGAUCGGUCGGACAAACGCCUCCGACGCGCCUAAAGAUUGCUGUAUCUAUGUCGGCCCUUGUCAUCUUCUCGCGUAUCCUCUCGCGAACGAAAUGCUCGUCCUUCCGCGCAUCCUGGGUCCGCAUUAUACUGGUAAAUUCCAAGCUGGACUGCUGCGGUUCUUGACGUAUGCUGCUGCAACUGGGUUGAACGUUCAUCUUGCUGCGGAGGCGCAGAGUAAGAACGAAGCAGAAAAAGCUGCCGGGAAAGGAAAGGCUAAGGACAAGGAGAAGGAAACGAAUGUUGCAAUUAUGAAGGCAUUGCGGGACGGCCUGCAUACAGACAGCGCCCCUGUCCACGUUAUGGUACCAGCUCGCUCCUUCUUGGAAGAUAUGGCUGAUGAUCCAAAUGGAGGAGCUAGUGUUCCAGGUUCCUGGACACUGGAGAACAACGCGAAGAUCGUGGAGCUUCUGCCUCUCCGGUCUGCGGUAUACGCCAUAGGAGGAUCUAGUCUGGGUCUGCGGCUUGUCGAGUUCGCAAAGAAUGAAGCGGAACUACUGGAUGCACUCCGUGUGUUGUUAGGAAUAUUGGCGCACAGCUGGAGAAAUAGCGAGGAGAUGGAAUCAUACAAUGGGUAUGACGUUGUAUCAAGCCUUCUCAGGAAAAACCCGUCCUUCAUUAGUGAGGCGGUUCUCGACGUGAUUCUGUCGUUUGUCGGGAUCGACAGGCAGAACGUAAAUCGUUGUGUAAUUGUUAAUACUGUAGCAUACCGUGCCCUCUUGCUCGAUUUCGACUUGUGGGCAAGGACGGCGCUCCCUAUUCAGCGCUUGUAUUUAUCACAUUUCACUUUAUUGGUCUCUGGAACCACCCAUCGGCGAUUCAACAUCAAGCAUCGUUUCGCAAAAUACGGUAUCAUUCGACUCUUCCUGCAUAGUUUGAGAUUCACUCCAUAUCAAGACGACAUCAUCCCCGACGUGAUAGAUGCGAUGCGUUCCAUCAUGUUAUAUCACUUCUCAACAGAGCAUACCAUCAAGCCUCUUGUCAGCUACCUUGCCACCAACCUGCAUCCUGAAUCAGAGUCAGUCAUAUCCCCACUGUCAACUAUAUCUGUCCUGCCCGACAACACUAAAGGCUACGUCAAGGCAUUAAAGGUCUUCGACAUGCUGCUAUCUAUCCUUCACAUGUUCGAAUACAUUGUCAAGUUCAACGUAUCUCUUACCAUUUCACGUGUCGCCCUUCUUUUGCUCGGAGAAGAACCAUCCCCGGAAAUUGCCUCCCGGGUGCUAACCCUUCUCGGUCUCGUCAGCAGGAUAUCACCAACGUUUCCGCGCAAGUUUGAGCUAGUUCACGGCUGGCUCGUGCUUCGACAUGUGCUGCCUCAAUGCUGGGAACCCAGCGUUCAGAAAGCAUCGUUCGACCUUCUGCUGGGCCAAGCAAAGUUAGAAGGGAAGCGCAACCCGGAGGAGAUCUCGGAGGAGGCAUAUUGCCUAUCAGUCCUUCCUGCUAUUCUGGCUAGCUUCUUUGUGAGCAUUGAACGCUCUUUCGCUGGAUUGCUGCCACUAGCGGAAACAUCCACAGGCGAAGACGUGUCCGAAUCUCUUGCAGAUGCAUUGUUGGAGCUUCUCGAUGGACAUCCUCAGCUUUUCCGAUCAAAAAAUGUCAUAACUUUGUUCACCCAAUUCGCCCAUAACAUUCUUGCCACUCUUCCAUCACCUCAGGAACAACAACCAUUGAGUCGGAGUCUCAUCGACAAGUUGACACAUAUUACUGUGAUGCUGUCUCUUGACGAACGAAUAGCGACAACCCAACGACAGGAGUUGACGCGUCUCCUGCAACGACUCCAUUCUUCUGGUUCGCAUUCAGCAGCAGUUACCCCGCAAUCCACACCCAUAUCAGCGAAGAGCAUUGAUACGCACGGAUUGGGGACAGUCCAGCAGUCUUUCACACGCACUGCUGCAUGGCGAGCAAAUCUUCGCAAGAUGGACAAGGAUCGUAUUCGCAAGCACUUGCAGGAUGACCGAGAGUGGCGGGAACAGAUCGCGCAGCAGAUUAUUUGGCGUUCAGCAACAGACUUUGAUCGUGGGUUAUGGAUCUCACCAGGUGCAGUGCGUACGUGGAAGGUUGACGAGACAGAAGGUCCAUUCCGGACAAGGUAUGUACUGCUUUUGUUAUCUAUCAAGAGCUUUUGGCGAAUGACGAGAAGGAAAAAGUUGGAGGCAAUGGAACAAGAGCAGACAUCAGCCCAAACGAAGAACGGCCCAUCCGAUUCUUCUGCGUUACAAAUUUCUGCGAGCGACCGACGUCUGCAUGCCAUGGAUCUUGAUGAUAGCGCAUCAGUGACACGUGUUGAACCACCGCCAUGGAACGACAACGAGUCCAACUUGACGCCUGAACUGAGCCUCGAAGAGGAUCUUGUAGACGAUAAGCAUCGUCGAGUUCGGCGUUAUCUGGCACCAGGAGAUGUUAUUCAGGCUGUGACCAAUGUUUACAGGAUCGUUGGCAUAGACUCUUCGCCCGGACUGUUAAUCCUGGGAAAAACGCAUCUUUACCUGCUCGAGGGCCUUGUCGCCAGUAAAGAUGGGGAAAUUAUCGAUGCCAGGGAGGCGCCGAAAGACUUGCUCGUUAUCCCUUCGGGAACCGUGGUUGAAUUCAAGAAAUAUCGCCCCGCUGAUAAAUGGGCUUUCGAGGAUAUCACCGGUCUAAGUAAGCGCACUUGUUUAUUUAGGGAUGUCGCUCUCGAGCUGUAUCUGCGGGAUAACCGAAGCAUUUUGCUUGUUUUCGAGACAAGUCAAGCAAGACAGUCGGCGUUCUCUCGACUGGCUGGGUCUCGUUCAGGAAAGCCACCGGCAGAGGCAGCGUCCGCGUUUCCAUUGCGCACGCCAUUGGCAAGCGCAAUGACUGCAGUCGGCGCUCGUUUUACUAUGAUUGGGACCGGUCGCGCAGAGCUGGAAACGGCCACUCGAAAAUGGCAGGCUCGCGAGCUAUCUAAUUUCGCAUACUUAGCUAUCAUCAACCAGGCGGCAGGCCGGACGCCGAAUGAUAUCACUCAAUAUCCAGUAUACCCAUGGAUUUUACAAGACUAUGACUCAGAGAAACUAGAUCUCACAUCACCUGAGACGUUCCGUGACCUUGCAUGUCCAAUGGGGGCUCUUACGCCAGACAGGCGAAGUUCCGCUCUGGAACGUUAUGACGCUCAGAUGGGGGAACAGCCGUUCCACUACGGAACGCACUUUUCCUCCUCUAUGAUUGUCUGCCACUUCUUGCUUCGCCUUCAGCCAUUCACCCGAAUGUUUCAAGAACUGCAGGGAGGAAGCUUCGAUCUUGCUGAGCGCUUGUUCAGGGAUGUUGGCAAAGCAUGGUCAUCAGCUGCGCAUGAGAGCAGAGGGGAUGUUCGUGAACUUAUUCCUGAGUUCUUUACAUGUCCCGAGUUUCUUCAAAACGUCAAUGAGCUUGAUCUUGGAACGCUGCACACGGGCGAGAGAGUAGGAGACGUGACUCUUCCUGUUUGGGCGAUGAAGGACCCGCUGCUAUUCAUUUCACUACAUCGACAGGCUCUUGAGAGUGACCACGUCUCCAAAUGCAUACCUCGUUGGAUUGAUCUCGUUUUCGGUAUCAAACAAAAGGAUGUGGAGGCGUUGAAUGUUUAUCAUCCUUUGACAUACGAGGGGGCGAUAGAUUUGGAGGCCAUCACCGAUGCCUGGGAAAGAGAAGCGACAGUUGGCGCUAUACAUAACUUUGGGCAAACGCCUCGACAGGUCUUCCGACAUUCACAUCCUGAUCGUUACCUGGAGGGAAAGACGACACUUCCUCUUGGGACGCCGUUCGGUAUUUGUGAGGACUACGGUCUCCUCAAGCAAGGUAACCCCAUUGGAAAGAAGAUCCUCGAGUCUGUAGAUACGUUGUACAUCGACACCAUUGCUGAGCGCAUCGUUGCCUGUCCAGCCCAUAAGCGAUCUGUGCCUCAAAUGCCUCACGAGUACAUCGAAUGGUCGGAGUUAACACACUCUGUGUCUUUCUUCGUCGAUCGCAAAGUCAGCCACAUCGAGGAAGAGACACCAAUCACGGUCGCAGAAUUCUAUGACAACCGUGUGCUCGUGACCGGCAGUGACGAUUCGACGGUGUCGAUCUGGCGGAUCGUCCGGGGUGAUCAAUUUGCUCUGCGUCUUGUCGGCAGCAUGCGCGGGCACCAUGGACGAGUAAACUGUCUCGCAACUUCGCGGUCCUGGGCUAUGGCGGUCACGGGCGCGGCAGACGGGCUUGUUAUCCUCUGGGACGUCAACCGCGUACGUUAUGUGCGUUCUAUGGCCCAUGAGAUGCCAGUCGAGCACGUUCAAAUCGGGCCUGGAGGGGAAAUUGCCUCAUCGUCAAGAACUGCGGUGUCACUCCACACUAUGAAUGGUCAGCUCAUCGCAUCUUUCCGCCCGAUGGAGCCCAUCACCUGUCUGGCUUUUCACGAACGCGAGUAUACACCAACGCCUGUGCUCGUCACUGCUUGCGCGGACGAGAUUAAGCUGUGGACGUGGAAUGCGACUUCUGCCGACGAGGAGGGGAAGGCUGUGUGGAAGUUCGUCCCUCUAAGGACGAUGAAGUGCAAGAACGGACUGUCACCGAAUACGUCAGUCAAGGCACUUCAGUUUGUUGGCGAGUCGCUAUAUCACGGUGAUAGCGAUGGCAACAUAUUUUUAUGGACAUUCCCGGAGUAAAACUGAAUUUGGGCAAGAGUGUCUCAUGACCGAACUGAGACCGUAGGAAGGAUAUGAUCGGGAACGGGCGUGACCGGCUCUCAUUCUUGAAUGUAUAUAUAGGUAACAGGAACUGUACAAAUCUGCACGCUCAGAGUGGAAGAAAGGCAAGUGCUUAUCUAAACUGACAAUGGGGACGUCACCGGACCCUUCAAGUUAC